UUCCGAGAGCACCGUGACGACUACCGAUGCUGUCGUGGCGAUUUGUGCAACAGCAGGGAAUUGGACUCAACGACAAAUCUGUCCCUUGGGUAUCUACAUCAACCGGAUGAGGAUAUUUGCUUUCUGUGGCUCAAGGAAUCAAGGGUCCAAUGCCUUCCAGUCGAUCAGUUUGUCAAGAACAAGAGCGAUCUUCAAUCGAUUCACAACGCUUUUCAAAAUCAAAUGACUGUGAGAUACAAGAGAACGUUUCCGGCUCUUGUGCUUACCUGGAUCCAUCGGGAGACUCGUCGUGGAGGAUUGCCGACUGUGAGACGCCGA